AUGGGGAGGAAAAGGAGAAAGACAAAUCUCAAAAAGAAAAAGCAGAAUGAUUUGCAUGAGCCUAAUGGUAAUCUGGGUGGAAUACUGAUUAAGAUAGAUGGAGGCAUCUGGUGGCCAGGGUAUGUGGUUGAUGGUUGCGGAACAUUUCUUAAUGAGGAAGAGGAGGUUAGCAUUCCAUUGACAUGCAGUAAUUGGUGUCCCAUUCCACCAUCUGCUGAUGAUACCAGAAUUAAGAAGUCUCUAGGAAAACUGUCUGCAGAACACAAGAAGUCAUAUAAGCUGGACCUUAUGAAGCUUCAAGGAAAAGGGUCAUCAGACAUGCAGUCUUCAGACAUGGGCCAAUCAUCAGACAUGCAGUCUUCAAAGAUGGGCCAAUCAUCACACAUGCAGUCACCAGACAUGGGCCAAUCAUCAGACAUGCAGUCUUCAGACAUGGGCCAAUCAUCACACAUCCAGCCUUCAGACAUGGGCCAAUCAUCACACAUCCAGCCUUCAGUCAGCCUUCCGUCAGUCAGACAGCCUUCAGGCAUGCAGUCACCAGACAUGGGCCAAUCAUUAGACAUGCAGUCCUCAGACAUGGACCAAUCAUCAGACAUUCAGUCUUUAGACAUGGGCCAAUCAUUAGACAUACAGUCCUCAGACAUGGGCCAAUCAUCAGACAUGCAGUCUUCAGACAUGGGCCAAUCAUCACACAUCCAGCCUUCAGACAUAGGCCAAUCAUCACACAUCCAGCCUUCAGUCAGCCUUCAGUCAGUCAGACAGCCUUCAGAAAUGCAGUCUUCAGACAUGGGCCAAUCAUCACUCAUCCAAUUAUUAGACAUGGGCCAAUCAUCACUCAUCCAAUCAUCAGACAUGGACCAAUCAUCACUCAUCCAAUCAUCAGACAUGGGCCAAUCAUCACUCAUCCAAUCAUCAGACAUGGACCAAUCAUCACUCAUCCAAUCAUCAGACAUGGACCAAUCAUCAGCCAGAUGCCAGCCUUCAGCCAGCCUUCAGUCAGUCAGGCAGCCUUCAGACAUGGGUCAGCCUUCGGGCAUUCAGCAAUCAGUCAUGGCGAAGGCUUCAGUCAGCCAGCUCUUAGACAUAGAUCAGCUUUCAGAUAUAGACCAACUUUCAGACAUGUACCAGCCUUCAGACAUGGAAUUUAACGAUUGGGAAGAUUUUGAUGCUGAUCCAGAUUUUGUGCCAAAAUCAGAUUUGGAGGAUGAUUCAGAGGAUGAAAAAAUGUCAGAAAUAUUUCCAGAAUUAAUGUGGGAUAACACUGAGGUUGAAAGAUUGUCUGAUUCGAAAUGCAGUGUAUUACAAGUGCAAAUAUCUAAAAAUCAGGAUGGUGUUCGGUUUUGGGAUAAGAAGCAUUUCUGUUUAUAUUGCCAUGAAGGUUAUACAAACAUUACAAAACACUAUUUAGGCCCCCACAAGAAUGAAAUGGAAGUCCAACGAAUUUUAUCCCAUCCAUUAAAGUCUGAGGGAAGAAGGCUAGGCUUAUUGAAACUUCGAAAUAGUGGGGACUAUCAUCACAACACUGAUGUUUUGAAAAGUGGAAGUGGAAUAUUUGUAACGUGGACAAGGAAUGAAGAUAACACACUUUCACCACAUGACUAUUUGCCAUGUGAGGAUUGUCUUGGUUUUUUUCUUAAAUCAAACCUAUGGAGACAUAGAAAAGUGUGUCCACUUCGAAAGGAUGCCACACACAUACCAAGACUGAGGUCAGAAGCUAACCUUUUGCUACCUGCUGCUGCAGAUGUGUGUGAAGCCAUGCAGAAAGAGGUCAUUGGCCGUAUGAAAGCUGAUGAAAUUACACAAGUUGUCCGCAAUGAUGCCACCAUAAUUCGGCUAGGGGAGAAACUUUUCCAAAAGCAUGGACACCUGCCUCAUCUGUUUGUGUAUGUAAGUCAGAAAAUGAGGGAGUUGGGUCGGUUCUUAAUCAGUGCACGGAAAGAGGAUCCAGCAAUAAACUCUCUUGCUGAUGUUCUUUUGCCAGAAAAGUUUGCUACUGUUGUGAGAUCAACUAAAAACCUUUGUGGCUACAGUUGUGAUGACAACAAAUACGCCAAUCCAUCGCUUGCUUUAAAGAUUGGACAUCUCUUAAAAAAAUGUGCUAUGAUCCAGAAAGCGAAUGCUUUGAUGACAGAAGACACAUCAUUGGGAUCCAAAUCUGAUGCUUUUCUGUCGUUGUGUGAAAUGGAAUGGACAGAUUCUGUGUCAGGUAUGGCCCUUCAGACCCUGAGCACAGCAAAGAUGAAUAAAGGACAGCUUUUGCCAUUGACAGAGGACAUCAAAAAAGUUCAGGAUUACCUGAAAGAAAAAACUAGUGACCUGACAGAAAACCUGAAAAUCAGCUUCUCCAAAGACACCUGGAAUACUUUGAACCAAGUAACUUUGGCCCGUCUUGUUUUAUUCAACAGGAGAAGAGGGGGUGAGGCAGAAAGGAUCACCAUGAAAGAUUACCGCGAAAGACAGAAAUCAGGGAGUUGUCUAAAAGACAUUGAAGAAUCAUUAAGUCCAAUGGAAAAAGUCCUUUGUUCUACCUUCGAAAGAGUAGAAAUCCGUGGAAAAAGGGGACGUAUUGUCCCAGUUUUGUUAACUGCUACCCUACAGAAAAGCAUAGAGUGUCUUAUGAAAUACAGAGAUGCAGCUGGUGUUCAUCCGGAUAACAAGUAUGUUUUCCCAAGGUCUUCAUUUGACUCGCUGAAUCCAAUCAGAAGUGCAGACAGCCUGAGACGUUUUGGUAGGGAAGCCAAACUGUCGGUACCUGAAAACCUUACUAGCACCCAGCUUCGAAAGCAUGUUGCAACAGUAAGUCAGGUUUUGAACCUAACAAAAAAUGACUUGGAAAAUAUUGCUGGAUUUAUGGGGCAUGACAUUGAAAUCCAUAGGUCAUUCUACAGGUUACCACAGGAAACUUUGCAGGUUGCAAGAAUGGGAAGGUUACUAACAGCAUUUGACAGUGGAGAUGUGGCCAGGUACAGUGGGAAAUCAAUCGAAGAAAUUCCAGUUGAUGAGGACUUGGAGCUUGAUGAUCAACCUGAAGGUGGUGAUGAACUUCCAAUUGAUAACGAAAAUGAUCAGUCUGAACCUAGUAAUGAUGACAUGGAAAACGUUUCGCCUGAUGUGACACCUAAUCCCAAUCCCCAGCAGAACCACACUGUUAGAGUAGCGAGACCAUGUCAUUCCAAUAGAAAAGGCCAAGUGAAGCUAAACGUGACUCAACAGCAGUGCCUAAAGCUGAUUUUUCAUGGAAAUGUCCACCUUCGCAAGGAACUCAAAAGGAAAGAAUGUGAAGAAGCUAUUGCAGCACAUAGCUGCCUUAAGGGGUUGGAAUGGAAGAAAAUAAAAAACACCAUUCAUAAUUGGAUAACAAGCAAAAAAAUCAAAACCAAAAAAAUGUUGAAACAACAGGAAAGGUAGGUCGCUAUGUGGGCCCACAAAAGUUUAGAAGUUUUGA